UAAUUAGGAAGAAAUUAGAAAAGAAUUAAAAAGAGGUGAAAGGAUAUGGCCCGAAUAUGAAAGAUCCCUGUUUUUAUUUAUUCACAAAUAAGCCCAAACCCAAUCGUCUCCAUUCUUCUUCCCCCACUGCAGCUCAACUCGGGUAAAUAUAAGAUUAUAAGGAAAGAAAAAAUCUGAGAAUCCGCAUAGAGAAACGAUGAGAUCUUUUCACAUUAUAUUGAUCUUUUCACUUCUUGUUCUAUGCUGUAUGCGUCUUACCAAAGCCGAGGUCAUUACGCUCACGGCCGAUACCUUCAAUGACAAGAUAAAUGAGAAGCAUACUGCUUGGUUCGUGAAAUUUUGUGUUCCUUGGUGUAAGCAUUGUAAAAACUUGGGAACAUUAUGGGAAGAUUUAGGGAAGGCAACAGAAGGAGAUGAUGUGAUAGAGGUUGGAGAGGUUGAUUGUGGCACAACUAAAUCAGUAUGUCAAAAGGUUGAUAUCCAUUCUUAUCCAACAUUCAAGCUAUUUUACAAUGGAGAAGAGGCUGCAAAAUAUCAAGGGCCAAGGGAUGUGGAAUCACUGAAACUGUUUGCAUUAGAAGAGACAGAAAAGGCAGAAGCGAAAGCCGAAAGCCACGAGGAUAAAGAAUUAUAACAUUAUUCUUUGGUAAACAUUAGUCUUCACUAUAUUGUGUUUGAGGGUUCCUUUCUGGCCCAAUGCCUGUUUGAAUCAAUGAUUUACAGUUAUCACUGUUUCUUCUCCUAUAAAUCCGUCUGCACGGAGCAGUUUUGCAUGGUUUCCUGGGAACGCGUCGACACAAAAACACGGAAUGUCAAUCUAUCACGGCUGAUGUCACGACUGGUGUCUUGUAGUUUCCUUUUUUUCAUUCUUCUGGCUACUCAGUGUUAGUUUUGUUUUGAAUGAUUUGUUCCUUAAAUUUGCUACCUUUGGUUACAUACAAAGAUGGUUUAGUUUGAUUGUGGUAAUAGAAUGGUGAAUAACGUUCGACAGGAAAAAUUUGAACUGUUCUUUAAAAAUCAAGUUUUACCCCCUCC